AUGAUCUCACAAUUCGCUCCUGUUUCUCAAAAUUCCAUUCAUGAACCAGUCGGAAUUACAACUGAAUGUGUUGUCGUUGUUGUAAAAUUUCUAGAAUUUUCAUUCAUCCAUAAAGAUUCACCACAAUCCAUUCUUCCUCAUCAUCAUCAUCAUGAAAAUAUUUAUCAAAAAUUGAAAUACAAAAUGGAAGCCACUCGGAACGAACGUUUACAUGUCCUGAAUGAAAAAUUAAAAUUGCUACACAUGGGAAAAUAUAAUCGUAAAUUAUUGAAACAAGCCUGUGAGGAAAAUAAACAAGACCGAAAUGUCGUUUUGAAUAUGGUUCAAUUUGAUGGAUUGGCAUUAACAUAUGCAAGUGAUGAUUUACGUAAUGAUCAUGAAAUUGUCAUGCAAGCAGUGAAACAAAACGGACAAGCUUUACAAUAUACUACUUUACGUAGUGCUGAAAUUAUUAUGGCUGCUAUCAAUCAAGAUGGAAACGCAUUGAAACAUGUAACCACGGCAGUUAUUUGUGAUAAAUUUAUUGAAAUGGCUAUCAAGAAUGAUGGAUAUUGUCUCGACGACACUUUUGAGCUUAGUUUGAGAUGGAUCGAAAUGGCAUCGAGAAGUGCUCCAGAAAUUUUCGAUUUAAUCUAUCUACCACUUGAUUUAUAUUAUCCCAUCAUGAGAUCGCACUCGUUUCGAAGAGCAGUCAAGUUUUAUGGAUGCAUUUUAGAUAAUUUUACACAAGAUAUUCAAAAUAUGGAAAAGAGAACCAUUUUGGACGCCAUUCGUUCGUAUCCUGAUUGUUAUACAUACUUGCCAGAAGAGUUUUGUCACGAUAUGGAUAUUAUUGAGCUAGCUGCAAGAGAUGACAGUUACUUUCUAUUUAACAAUUACAACUUUACUUAUAUCCGUGAUCUUGACUAUUCCAAAAUUUUAACAACUUGUGGAGAAGCAUUAUGUUUUUGUGAAGGCUCUGAAAAAAACAAUAAGGAACUCGUUCUUUCUGCCGUUAAAAAUUGUGGCCUCGCAUUGGGCUAUGCAAGUCAAACACUGAUCAAUGAUGAGCAAGUGGUCAUGGAAGCCAUUCGAGAGAAUCCAGAGGCCUUGUACUAUUGUGGAAAUGAAUUGUUUUUCGAUCGAGAUUUUAUGUUACGAGUAGUUUCAGAAUGUGGAGAAGCUAUUCAAUAUGCAGAUGAAGAAUUCAAGAAAGAUCAGGAAAUUGCACUUCAAGCAGUGACAAGCUGUGGAGUGGCACUACAAUACCUGUCCGAAGAAUUACAAAAUGAUCGUCAAGUGGUUUUGAAAGCAGUUUCUACCUAUGGAUUGGCAUUAGGAUGGACAUGUGCUAAAUUGCAAAAUGAUCCACAAGUAGUUUUAACAGCUGUGAAAAAUGAUGGACUUGCACUCGAAUUUGCCAGUGAUGAUUUACAAAACGAUCGUGAAAUUGUCAUGCAUGCCGUUGCAAAUUGUGGCCAUGCUCUCGAAUUUGCAAGUGAAUCACUCAGAGACGAUCGACAAGUGAUAUUACAAGCCAUUCAAACAGAACCUCAAGUAUUGCUCCAUGUUAAAAAUUCUCAUCUGUUACGACAUGAUAAGGAACUUGUGUUAGAAGCGGUGCGUAGGGCUGGACAUUGCUUGAAGGGAGCGUGUGACGAAUUGAAGAAUGAUGUGGACGUUGUAAGGGCAGCACUUGCCAAUGAUGGACUUUCACUUCAUUGGGCGUCAGCUACCUUGCAAGACAAUGAAGAGAUUGCACUAUUGGCUAUUCAUGAAAAUGAGGGUGCUAUUCAUUAUGUUUCGGAAAGAUUGAAAACAAGUUCGUACAAAUUGCAAAGACUGGCCCAUGAAAAACAGGAAGAAUAUUUCAACGAGUGGUUCGAGUACUGGAGUACGAGAUAUGAGGACGAUUGGGAAGUAUUCUCUGAAACGAGUAGUGAUGGCGACAGAUAUGAUGAACAGGGCGAAGAAAUGGAGGAGGGUGGCAGUGUUCAAGAAGAAGUACUUGAUUUUAAUGAUAGUAAUACGCUGAAACGAAAACAUGAACAUUUGAACGAGCCCGUCGACACUCAGAUAUGUGAAGAUACUGACGAGGAAAUUUCAACAAAACGAACCAAAAUUUAA